AAAAAAUUAAUAAAAUGAAUAUCAUCACAGUUUUGGUAUUGAGUUCACUCACUCUGCAAUUAAAUUUGAGACAGGGAACAUCUUUUAACAGAAACUAAAAUUUUCUCACAUCAAAAAGUGACAUAAGUUUCAUUAAAAAAUAUGUCGACGCUAAAUUUCGCCAAGGCAGUUCUGAUCAUAGGACUGGUAACGAGCUUUGGGUCAACCCCAGUCCACGCUAUGUCGUGGUGGGAACGAUGGCGAAAUUUCCUUUUGGAGUGGGAUACAGAUUCGAUUGUUAUUCGCCCUCAUGAGAACCUCCGAGCCUCCCCAAUUUUCCUGGACCGAGAUGACAUUCGUGAUGUUCAUUUUUACCUUUUUACUGACCCAGAGAACCCAGAUUUUAUGCAAGAAGUCCAUAUUGACGACCCCACUCAGUCAUCAUUAGAAGCUUGGGACCCAUCCGUUCCAACCAAAAUCAUUGUGCACGGGUUCAUCCAAAAUAUUAACGCGACAUUUCCACAAAAUGUGAAAAAUGCCUACCUCAAGCGUUCCAAGGACACUGGUCAAAAAUACAACAUUCUCGUCGUAGACUGGGGUCGAUUGGCCUACCAGUUGCAAGACGGGGUUCCAGUCUACACCCGGGCUGUCCGGAACGUUGAGAAGGUCGGAACUCGUAUAGGGGAACUCGUCAUGUACCUCCAUUCACUUGACCUCGUGACCCCAUCAUCUCUUCACCUCAUUGGGCAGUCCCUCGGGGCUCACGUCGUGGGUCAGGCGGGUCAUUGGUUGCAAGAGCAGAAACCUACACCAUUUCUCGUUGCCCGUAUCACCGGCCUGGAUCCGGCCGGACCCUUAUUUUACACUGGGUUGGUGGGACGCCUUCUCAAAACGGAAGAUGCUGCUUUUGUCGACGUCGUCCACUGCAAUCCCGGCGGUCUUGGGGUGGUAGCACCAGCCAUCGUAGGACCAAAGUUGGGAACGGUAGAGUUUUACGUCAACUGGGACCCCUUGACGCAUCUCCAACCUCAGUGUGUAAGCCUUGGUCAUGUCAUCACGGAGAAGGAGGGGUGGAUGUUGUGCAGUCAUAACUAUUGUCCCAAGUUCUUCGCUUGGUCGAUUAUUACAAAAUUGGAGGCGAGACAGUGCUACGGGGUCAAGGUUCACCCGACAGGUUGUGUAGGACCUUAUGCCAGGUUUGGGGAGGAUCUUUCAACCAGUGAACAAGGCAUGUUUUUCAUCAAAAUUCAAAACAAAUUGGACGAUAUGCAGCUCUUCAUGCCAUAAAUUAGCAUCUAACUGCAUUAAGUUUGGUGAGAAUUAACUUAUUUAGUACCAUUUAAAUAAAAAUAAGCAUUUAAAUACUUAUGUAUGUACAGCGUCACAAAUUGUGACUCUGAAAUUGAGAUUGGAUUUAUAGCCAUUUUAUGAAAUGAACUUUUAACCAUUAACAAAUUAUUGCCGUUGAAUAAAUUCUACUCACUGCGUAA